AGUAACUUCAAAACAUUGCGCUUAAAUGACGACGAACUAACAUCACCAUCCUCUGAUGAGAAGAUGGACACAGGAUCAGAAUCCUUCCGAUCCCAGGAUACACCCAACUCAGUCCUAUCAUCAGACUUCGAGGGAGACCAUCCAGAACCGAAUGGGGUUUUAAGACUUCAGAACCCAGAAAUCCAUCGUUUAACAGAAUCUGAUAAAUUUAACGAUAGCCUCAUAACUAAGAUGUCAAAUUUGCACUUAGAUUCACCUCGACCUAAGAAUCUAGGAAUUAGUCCCCCAAAAUUUAGUUCAACUUUAACUUUAACCACGAAUCACCCCCUAAUGAGUCCGGAUGAGAAUUAUCCGGAUCUGAUCCCCAAAAAAGUUCCGAAAAUCGAUGAGGAAAAAGACUUGAGCCUAUCGAGUAUUGAAGAUGAGAGGGCUAAUGAGAAUAAUGGCUUCUACAGCCCACAAAGGAAUACGUCGAAAAACAAUUUGUAUUUUACGGAUCCUUUCGUAACGGCUGAAAGUCAAGAUUUUACUGGUUUGGAUCUCACAGUGCCCCCUGAUGUGGCGAGGGUGGAUAAGAUGGAACGGAGGAAGAUUGUGCCGAAGUUAAGAGAUGGGACGCCUCAGAAGGUGGAUGCUAUGUUGAAGUUUAUCGAUGAGAAGACUAAGCAGAGUACUCCCAAGUCUUUGCCGGUUGAUAUCACUGUCAAUGAGGAGUUUCAUUCGGUUGCCGAGUGGUGCGAAUCUCCGUCCCAUCUCAGGUCGAUGCCCAACUUUGAGCUGCCGAUCGAGAUGUCCAGCAGUAUAGGAAUGCAUAACGAUCUAGACUCCCCAGAUGUAAUAUCAGCAUCGACACAAGAGGAUAGGUCAGCGUACCAGGCGCUCCUAGACCCUUACACCGGCAGCGUCGCGUUGCGCCAUACACCGGCACCUCACCGGAGUCCAGGAACACAACGGAGGAAGAUACAACUGCCCCCAGAAGAAGACAGAUGUAGCCUGGACAGCGUCAGCGCGUGCUCCAUGGAGUCUGAAGACGAACCAGCAGACCCUCAGGAGUUGGGAACUGCGCCGAUCAACCAGCACCUGGUACUUAGUGAUGAUGAGGGCAGUAAAAUGUCAAAAUCAACAAACACGCUAUCAGAAGGCAGCGACCCCAUCCCGGAGUACUCCGCGGCGGAGGAGCUGAGCAACGAGCGCGCCUGGAUCACUGUGCCCAGACCUGGGGGACAUGUCACUUGUGAUAUGAAGGUCAUUGAACCGUACAAGCGUGUGAUAUCCCACGGCGGCUACGACGGAGGCGGAGCAGCGCUCAUAGUGUUCAGCGCGUGCCAUCUACCGGACUGUGCGAGACCGGACUAUACUUAUUGUAUGGAUAAUCUGUUCCUCUAUGUGAUCUGGACAUUAGAACGCCUGGUGACAGACGACUACGUGCUGGUCUACCUCCACGGCAGCGCCGGCAGGAGACGACUGCCCACCUUCCACUGGCUACACGAGUGCUAUAAACUUAUUGAUCGAAGAUUACGUAAGAGCCUGAAACAUCUAUAUCUAGUACAUCCCACGUUUUGGCUGAAAUCAUUUGUCAUAUUGACAAAGCCUUUUGUGAGUUCAAAAUUCUUCCGCAAGCUAUCUUACGUCCGAAGUCUAGCGGAAUUGAUGCAGAAGGUCCCAGUGGAACCGAACGCAAUCCCCGAGCUUGUCAAACAAUACGACGCUACUCGACGGUAG